CUUUAUUCUGAAGGAGUUUCGGCGUAUGACGACGCUCAAUGGUACCAAUGUUCCUUAUUUUUCCAAGAUGCCAUCAAAGACUAUAAUUUUUACAAGAAGUCGGUGGUGGACUGUCGAUUGAAUUGUAAACACCAUGGAAUUGAAAAAAGGAAUGACACAAACUUCUCAGAGUUGAUGCAAUCUAUAAUGUUGAGAUCAGAAUGCAUCAGGAAAUGCAAACAGAAGACUUUGGGUAAAGACAGAGCUUUUGGAAGAUCAAAUGAAUUUAUUGAAAACGAUUUCCAAAUGAGGAAACCUUAUGAAUAUUUACAAUACUGUUAUUUUAAAGUAAAUAGAAUGAUAGAUGCUGCGUCUGCUGCCUAUACUUUCUACGUCCUCAAUUCUGACAAUAAAAACGCAGUAAAAAACGUACAGUUUUAUCGAGAAAAAAUGAAAGUUAGAGAUUCAGAAUUUAUCGAUUUAGAAUUAAAACCACAUAAGGAGUAUUUUAUACGAGCAAUGAUGGCGUAUGAAGAUGAAUUAUGGGAAGAGGUAAUAGAAGAGAUGGAGAAUUCUUUAAAAGAGUUUUAUAAGGAAGAAGAACGAUGUCGAAGUGAAUGUGAAGGGCCGUUACUGGCCACGUCUCAUCUUGAAUUCUACAGUGCUGUUGCUGAACAUUAUCUGAAUGUAAUAAAAUGUCAGAAUACAUGUGAAGACAAGUUAAGUCAAGUUUUUCCUGAAGGAAAAGAUGGUCUGUUAGCAGAACACUAUCAUUACCUACAGUUUACUUAUUAUAAAUUGUAUCAGGCAGACAAAGCAUCAGAGGCUGCAGCAUCCUUUCUUUAUAUCAAACCACAAGAUGAUAUCAUGUUACGGAACCAGAAAUUUUUUAUCAAGGAAGGCUAUCAAGAUAGUUUUUACCCUAGACCAGAAGUGGUAGAAUAUAUGGAAAGAAAGAAGAAAUUAGAAGAAGAAAUAAAAUUCUAUAAAAAACAUCACACAACCUCUGAUUACAGUGAAUCUAGCUAUGAUCAGGAUGGAACAACUAUAACAUUGACUAGUAAAGAAUUAAAAGAUUAUAGUGCUUUUGUUGCCGAUGGUUUGACCAAUGAUCAGGAUUGUACCACUCUACAAAAUCUAGUAAAGGUAGAGGCUAUAAAUGGUGAUGGGUACGAUUAUUUAACGUCUAAACCUUCGGUGAUUUCACCUCACACGGAAUAUGAAACUUUUAUUGGUUUAACAGUACUCAGGGCAGCUUCGCUAGCUUACCAUCGACAAGUUACACCAGAAGAGGUUGUCUUGUUUCUAGACCUGGCUGAGAAAGGUCGUUUUGUAGUGGAGAAAUAUUUUAAUUUAACGAGACCGUUAUAUUUUGAUUUUACUCAUCUUGUUUGUAGAACAGCUAUUGAAGAUGAAGAAAGAGAUGAUUUAAGUCAUCCUGUACAUGCUGAUAAUUGUAUUCUUCAACCUGAUGGAACUUGUCUGAAAGCUUUCCCUGCUUUUACACAGAGAGACUACAGUGCUAUCCUGUAUUUAAAUGAUGAGUUUGAAGGGGGAGAGUUUUUCUUCGCAGGAUCAGAUAAAUCAGAAAAGCAAUAUUUUCAUUUAUUUUUGCAGGUUUCUGUAAAACCGCAGUGUGGAAGACUGGUAGGAUUUGAUUCUAAGGAAUAUCAUGGAGUAAAGGCUGUAACAAAAGGGCAACGAUGUGCUUUAGCUUUAUGGUUCACCAUGAAUCCAAAUUAUAAAGAACUAGCUCAUUCACAGGCU